UCUGGGUAGUGAAACUCCCCACUGAGGGCGGAAUCAGGGGCAAGAACGGCCAUAGGAUUAUCGCCUGUGGCUUAAUUCAGGAAACAAGGAAGGAAGAAGCAGCGUCUCCGCUGGUUUUCACUAAAGUAGGAUGGAGCGGGGUAAUGCUCGUACCGAGUGACAGUAAUAGACCAGCAGUCUGAUAUCAGGAGCAGGUAAAUGAUCCUAUUGAGUUUGGAGUUGGUCAUCAGGUGCAUGUUUAAGGAGGAUGAACACGGAGGAACUGGAGUUACUGGGUGACUCCAAGUAUAGAAAUUACGUAGCAGCGGUGGAUAAAGCAUUGAAAAGCUUCGAGUAUUCCAGUGAAUGGGCAGAUCUAAUAUCAGCACUGGGUAAACUUAACAAGGUUUUACAGAACAAUGCAAAGUACCAAGUCGUCCCAAAGAAGCUAACUAUUGGCAAGCGGCUGGCCCAGUGUCUUCACCCAGCACUGCCCAGUGGUGUUCAUCGAAAAGCACUAGAAACCUAUGAAAUCAUCUUUAAAAUCAUUGGCUCUAAAAGGCUGGCCAAAGAUCUCUUCUUGUACAGUUCUGGCCUUUUCCCUCUUCUUGCCAAUGCGGCCAUGUCUGUCAAACCUGUGCUGUUGAGCUUGUAUGAAGUCUAUUUCUUGCCUCUGGGUAAAACUCUGAAGCCAGGACUGCAAGGAUUGUUGACUGGGGUGUUGCCUGGCUUGGAAGAAGGCUCUGAGUACUAUGACAGGGCAAACACAUUGCUGGAGAAGGUUGCAGCUGCAGUGGAGCAAUCUGCAUUUUACAGUGCCCUUUGGGGAAGUAUUCUGACCAGCCCUGCCGUGCGGUUACCAGGGAUCACCUAUGUACUCGCUCAUCUGAAUCGGAAGCUUUCUAUGGAGGACCAACUCUAUAUUAUUGGCAGUGACAUUGAAUUGAUGGUUGAAGCAGUCAGUGUUUCAGUCCAGGACUCCAGUGCCUUGGUGCAGAGGAGCACCUUGGAUCUCAUUCUGUUCUGUUUCCCUUUUCAUCUGUUUCAGGCCACUCGCCCAGAUAUGAUACAGAUUCUGUCUGCAGCUCUGCACGUAGUACUUCGGCGAGAUAUGUCUCUCAACCGUAGACUUUAUGCAUGGCUUCUUGGAUUCGAUAACAAUGGUUGUGUUGUAGGCCCCAGAAGCACCAGGCACAGCAAUCCAGAGGAACAUGCAAUCUAUUAUUUUAAUAACUUUUCCAAGGAUCUCCUGAUUCAGGCCAUGGUGGGAAUCUUACAAGGAAAAGAAUGUGGAGAGGAAGAAAGGACAACAUUACAUGAUCUGAAACCUUUUCGCAUUCUCAUUAGUCUUCUGGACAAGCCAGAAUUAGGGCCGGCAAUCUUGGAGGAUGUACUUAUAGAAGUUUUCAGAACAUUGCAUUCACAGUGCAAAGCUGAAUUGAAUCUGAAAACGCAACCUUCUUACUGCAAAGACCACACUCAAUUAAGCAGUAAAAUGAGAGAGAAUAAGAAGACUUCAGAGCUAAUUAAAACUGCAAAUCUUCUCUUCAAUUCUUUUGAACCAUAUUAUAUGUGGGACUAUAUAGCUCGUUGGUUUGAAGAAUGCUGUAGGAGAACACUGAGUGCAAGAUUGCAGGCCACAGCUCAUGGCAAGGGAAUGUCAGAGUACUCUCUGCCUGAAUUCUGUCUCUUAGUUGACUUCCUAUUGGACAUUGUGUCAUUGCCUACUCGAAGUAUGAGAGUACUAUGUCAGGAGACCUACAUUGAGAUUCAGACAGAACAUUUGCCCCAGUUGUUGCUGCGGAUGAUAUCUGGCCUGACAAGCCAUCUGCAGGCUUUAUGCCUCUCUGAGCUCACUGAUUGCUUAAAGCUGUGCUCAAAGAUACUUAGUAGAGUGCAGCCGCCCUUAUUGUCAUCCGGGGCAGAGUGUAAAUUGCAUUUUCCAGGAAAUGGCAGCUUUGUCCAACAGAAAGAGGAUAAAAAGGUUUCAUCGGUCAACCUUGGGGCUUCUGGUGAUGUUUUUGAAGAUGGUGAAAAUCCUCCUAGUAGUCAGUCAUCUGAAAGUGGUUUUACAGAAUUUGUGCAGUAUCAGGCAGACAAAAUUGAUGACAUUGACAAAGUGCUAGGUGAAGGCCAGGAUUCAGGGUCAUUGCCACAGGGCAGCACUUCUUCAGAAGCAGAAAGUGCUUCCACUAUUGGGUCUGAGGACACUGUGGUACCAUCAUCAACAUCACAAGUGGGUAAAGUGGCUGUGCCAGUGGGGACUUCUACUCAAAAGACAACGAUGCAGUACUGCCUAGAGUACUUUGAACAGUUUUUGAGCCAGCUUAUAAUUCUUUAUAUCAUUCCCAAUGAAGUCAUUUGCCAGGCAUUUACAGCAGGAUUCCAUAUGGACCUGAGCAGACCCAGAGGCCAGAUGGAUGACUGUGACCAUGGCAGCAAAGGCGAUGCAACAUUUCAGGCAACAGAGCAGCUGCAGUGUUCUAAAGACCAUCAUCAUGCAUUCACUGCUGCAUGCCAGCUUUUCUUUGAGUGUUCCAGCUUUCCUGUUUACUUCGCAGAAGGAAAUCUAGCAUCUUCACCUCACAGCAAUAAAUCAGAAAUUGAUUUUGAUCAGGUAAAGCCCCCAAUUUGGCUCCAGACCCUCAUGACUGCCUGCUGUUUUGCCAGUGAUUUCAGCAUUCAGUGUAUUGCCAUUUCACUGGUGCUUGACUUAGUUGGUCUAACUCAGUCAGUUGCUGCUGUUAGUGGAGAAAACCUGAACAACCUUGAGCCAGCACAGCCCAGGAGUCCAAGCCAGGGAACAGUGGCCGUCGUCAUCAUGCCACCGCUUACACAAGGAAACCUCAAAUAUAUGACUCAAAAAACUGAAUUUUUCAAGCAAGUGGCAGUGAUACUUUGGAACCAGCUUGGGGAUAAAACUCCACAAUAUUAUCAGAGAAGUGUGGAACUGUUUUAUCAACUGCAUAAUCUUGUCCCAUCUUCCUCCAUCUGCGAAGAUGUCAUUAGUCAGCAACUCUUACACAAAGACAAGAAAAUACGUAUGGAAGCACAUGUCAAUUUCUCAGUACUUUGGCACAUUACUCGAGAUCUUCUUAUCAACAAGUCUUCCUCUUUUAAUCGUACUUUUGACAGGUCUCUCUUUAUAAUGCUUGAUAGCCUGAGCAGCAUGGAUGGCUCCAUUUGUUCAGUGGCUCAGGCCUGGCUGAACCAAUGCAUCCAGAGGCAUGACAUUGCAAGGAUCCUUGAACCACUGCUUCUGCUACUGCUCCAUCCAAAAACCCAGCGCAUCUCUGUGCAACGUAUGCAAAUAGAGAGGCACAUAAGUAAAUCCAAGAAUACACCUAUUGAAGAAGAUGCAAUUAAUUACUUGCGAGGAAUUAAUAGUGUAGAUGUUUUUGGACACCUAUCCUUUGACUCUGGAAAACACCCUGCUUCUAAGGGAUUUAUUAGCAAACAUUUAGGUGCAGAAGAAAUGGAGAACUUCAGUUUUACAGUAAACCCUCUGAGUGACCGGUUGUCUAUGCUGAGCACUAGUAGUGAAACCUUACCAUUUGGAAUGUCAGACUUCGAUCUGCAGGAGCAACACGCAGAAAUCCUACAUAGUUCUGAAUCUGGCUGUUCCCAAUCUUCAACAGGAGAUAACAGUAGUUAUGAGACAGAACCAUUGAGCAUGGGCAGUGCUAAGACCAAUGGGAAUUCACAGAUUUCGUCAGAAGAUUCAGUGGAAGUUAUAGUGCAGCAAGUGGUUUCACAGUUGAUCAGCAGUGUUGUAGAUGGAUUGAAAGGCAACUCUGAAUUUCUAGAGUGUCAGGUUUCAGCUCAGACUGAAGCCAAUGUAUUGGGAUCAAGUAUUAGCAUACAGCCAACAGAGUGUUCUUUCCAAAGUGAAACUAAAAGCCUAGAUAUUAGAAGUUCCCUGAAUGGAAUAAUUAAGUGUAACAGUCCCGAAAGUGUGUUGUCUUCAACUGAUGGUGGCAUUGGGACCAUGUCUGGAAGCCAAAGUAGACCCAAAUCCUCACCAUCAAUUACAAUAUCUGAGGAUCCCUUGUCUAAAUACAGUCUCUCUGCAGAAGAGGUGCAGUCACUAAAGAGAAGCCCAACUGGUAACCAUUUAGGACUACACGGCAAAAUGAUGGAGAAACUAUCUGACAGAGAACUUGGCAUCAAAGAUUUUCCUAAACCACCUGGUGCAAAGCCCAAAAUAAAAGUAAGCAAAAAGAAGGAAGAUGAUAAAAAGGCACAGAACGAAAAAAUGAAGCCACCUAAUGUGUCCUUUGGUGAUAGCUUGGAUCUGGAGAACUGGUAUAGCUGCGGUGAAGGUGAAAUUUCCGAAAUUGAGAGUGACAUUGGAUCUCCAGGAAUCUGGAAAACAUCAAAAUUUCAUAUUCAUCCUUUAUACCAGCAUGUUUUGCUCUAUCUUCAAGUGUGUGACUCCACGAGGGCUUUACAUGCUCUGUCUGCUAUUGAAUCUAUCUUGAAAGCAAAUCCAGUAGGAUUUGUGAGUGCCAUUUCCACCACUAGUGUAAAUAAUACCUACACUCCACAGCUCUCUCUACUGCAGAAUCUCAUGGCCAGACAUCGAAUUUCUGUGAUGGGCAGGGACUUCUACAGCCACAUUCCGCUCGAUUCCAGCCAUGCUUUCCGUAGCUCAAUGUAUAUAGAGAUCAUUAUCUCGCUCUGCUUGUAUUUUAUGAGAAGUUAUUACCCAGCCCAUGUAAAAGUGACUCAACAGGACCUUUCCGGAAACCAAAAUUUGCAAAUCGUGAGCAUCCAGAUCCUAACCUUACUUUUUACUGAGCUGGCAAAAGUGACUGAAAGUUCAGCCAAAGGCUUCGCCAGCUUUAUCUCUGACAUGCUGCUGAAAUGUAAGGUCCAGAAGGUAGUCCUCCACUGCUUGCUUUCCUCUGUCUUCAGUGCACAGAAGUGGCACUAUCUAAGAACAGCUGGGAGGAACGUAAUGGCAGUUGAAGAGGGGUUAUCUGAGGACAGUAUCAUCAAUUUUUCAGCAGAUGAAAUUGACAAUUGCGGCACAUUGCAGGCUCAGCUACUAAAGCUGGUGCAGCGAUUGAUUGUCCUGGAGCACAGAGUGAUGGUUGCAUCUGAAGAUAGUGAGACAGGAUAUGAAUUUGUCACGUCUGAUCUAGAGAAUAGUAAUCCACAACAGCCAUUGACUUCCGUACAAUAUCUACACUCCCAACCAAUUACUUCUCAGGGAAUGUUCAUCUCUGCUGUAAUUAAGGCAUUAAAUCAACCCUUUUCCUGUAAAAUGGACUCUCAGUGGAUUGGGUUGAUAACAGCAACUCUUCCAUAUAUGGGGAAAGUACUGCAAAAGAUGGUGACAGCUGUGACGUUACAACUUUGCCGAAAUUUGGACAACCUAAUCCAUCAGUAUAAAUAUGAGUCUGGAAUGUCAAACAGCAGGCCAACUUGGAUGGCAGUGAGCAUUGCCCCAGAUAUGAUUCUCACUCUCCUUGAAGGAAUGACCACAAUUAUUCACUACUGUCUGUUAGAUCCUUCCAUACAAUACCACCAGCUGAUGGUUUCUGUGGACCAGAAAUAUUUGUCUGAAGCAAGAAAUGGAAUUCUUUUUAUCUUGUGUACCAUCAUGUCUUCUGUGAGUCUGCUGUGGGGAAUUUUGCAAGUUGCAGACUCAACCGAGAGAACCGUAGCUGCUUCUGCUGUUACUAUCAAUCUGGGUUCCACAAAGAGUCUUCGACAACAGAUUUUAGAGCUCUUGGGCCCCAUCUCUAUGAACCAUGGCGUACACUUCAUGGCUGCUAUUGCUUUUGUCUGGAAUGAAAGGAGAGAGAACAUGAGCGCCACCAGAAACAAAGUUAUUCCUGUACCCUGUCCUGAACAGUUGUUGUUGGUGGAACUAGUACGCUCCAUUAGCGUAAUGAGGGCUGAGACUGUUAUGCAAACGGUGAAGGAAGUGUUAAAACAGCCUCCAGCCUCAACCAAGGAGAAGAAACAGCUCCCACUGGAAGUUUGUAUGCUGCAGUUUUUCUAUGCAUAUGUACAAAGGAUUUCAGUGCAGAAUUUAGCAGACAGCUGGCCAUCUCUUUUGACAUUGCUGAAAGAUUCCGUUCAACUUUAUCUACCCCCACCUGCACAAUUCCUCAUCCUUGGAGUACUUAAUGAGUUCAUUAUGAAAAAUCCCAAUCUGGAAAACAAAAAGGACCAAAGAGACCUUCAGGAUAUCACCCAUAAGAUAGUGGAGGCCAUUGGAACCAUUGCAGGCUCCUCUUUGGAACAGACCACCUGGCUGAGGAGGAACCUAGAAGUAAAGGCUUCCCCACAAAUUCUAGUAGAAGGAAGCAAUGUGGAAAGAGAUGUUGAAGAUAUUAUGUUGACCCCAGUGAUGGAGACGGCCAGUAUCACACCUUCUGUGUAUAGUGUACAUGCACUGACCUUAUUAGCGGAGGUUUUGGCUCACCUUUUGGAUAUGGUAUUCCACAGUGAUGAAAAGGAAAAAGUUAUCCCAUUACUUGUUAACAUUAUGUACUAUGUGGUGCCUUAUCUUCGCAAUCACAGUGCCCACAACGCCCCAAGUUACCGAGCGUGUGUGCAAUUGGUAAGCAGUCUGAGUGGCUAUCAAUAUACCAGACGGGCUUGGAAAAAAGAAGCAUUUGAUCUUUUUAUGGACCCCAACUUCUUCCAUAUGGAUGCAUCUUGCGUUAGUCAUUGGAGAGCCAUCAUAGAUCACCUGAUGACCCAUGACAAAACCACAUUCAGAGAUCUCAUGACUCGAGUUGCUGUGGCACAAAGCAGCUCACUCAAUCUGUUUGCAAGCCGUGAGGCAGAACUGGAACAACGAGCAAUGCUUCUAAAGAGACUGGCCUUUGCUAUUUUUAGCAGUGAAGUGGAUCAAUACCAGAAGUAUCUGCCAGACAUACAAGAACGCCUGGUAGAAAGUUUGCGUCUACCACAGGUCCCCACACUCCAUGCCCAGGUGUUCCUCUUUUUCCGGGUGUUGCUGUUACGGAUGUCUCCACGCCAUCUCACUUCACUAUGGCCCACUAUGAUCACAGAACUGGUGCAAGUAUUUUUGCUGAUUGAGCAGGAACUGACUGCAGAUGAAGACAUUUCAAGAACUGCUGGACCAUCAGUCUCUGGUUUGGAAACUACCUACAUGGGAGGCAAUGGGUUCUCCACAUCCUACAACAACCAGCGGUGGCUUGGCCUGUACCUAUCUGCAUGCAAAUUCCUGGAUUUGGCUUUGACCUUGCCCUCUGAAAACCUCCCACAGUUUCAGAUGUAUCGUUGGGCUUUCAUUCCAGAAGUAUCUGAUGAUUCAGGGCUGGAGGUUCGCAGACAGGGAACACAUCAACGAGAAUUCAAGCCUUAUGUGGUUCGAUUGGCCAAACUGCUGAGGAAAAGAGUGAAGAAAAAUCCAGAGGAUGACAACUCGGGGAGGAUCCUCGCUUGGGAACCAGAUCAUCUGUUGCUGACUGUUUACUCCAUUCGGAGUAUCGAGCAACUGCUUCCUUUCUUCAAUGUACUCAGCCAGUUUUUCUCCAACAAAAUCUCAAGCAGGUUUACUGGAUCCUCAGGGAGCCCAGUCCCGCACACAAACUCAUUCUCAAACAAAGACAUUAAAACUGAGAACCAGAAAACAUUCUGGAGCAAAGCCAGACAGAAAAUAGAGGAAGUGCUUGAGAAAGAUUUCCUGGAAGGUGUUAUAAAAACAUAAUAGCAUACUGUUGGAGAUAGUGUAAUCACUCAAAGCAAAUAUUCUAUAUGUACAUUUCAGUUUGCACUUAAACGAGGAACUCAAUUCAAGGAUGUAAUUAUAUUAAAUUUUAUUUGUACAGUUUGCAUCCUGAAUACUGAAUUAUGAAUUUGGUUUUUGUCAAGUACUGUUGGCUCAUAUCGAUUAUGGUGCCUAAAUGUAAAUUACUGUACUAUUCCAUUUGGUUCUAAAAAAGUGCAUUUGUGAUAAAUUCUACGUAUGAUGGCCCAGUAUUAAAUGUACAUUUUGAUUGCA